UAAACCCUAAAAAGAAAGAAAGAAAGAAGAUGAAGUCUUUGAUCACCUUAUUCUCUCUCCUUGUUCUUCUAUCUCUCCUCCUCUCCACCAUAACAACAGCUCAAAACCUAAUAGAAAAAACCUGCAAACAAUCAUCUGAAACAAACCCAAACAUAAAAUACGGAUUCUGUUCAAGUUCCCUUCAAGCCGCACCAGCCAGCCGUUGCGCCGCCCUUCGCGGCCUGGGUUCAAUCGCAAUCCGACUGGUUCGUUACAAUUUGACAGACACGAGAUGCGAAACGAAGAUGCUUCUUAAGAACAAUUUGACGAUGGAUCCUUUCGUGAAGUCUUGUCUAAUGGAUUGUUUUGAUCUUUAUUCGGAUGCUAUGCUUUCUGUUAAACAGGCGAUGAAAAGUUUUAAUUUUCAGAGAUAUGACGAUGCUAAUAUACAGAUAAGUUCUAUUAUGGAUGCGGCGAGUACUUGUGAAGAUGGGUUUAAAGAAAGGAAAGGAUUGGUUUCGCCGUUGAAGAAGAGGAAUGAUGAUGCGUUUGCCUUGUCGGCGAUUGUUCUUUCUAUUAUGAAUUUGCUUCAGAAACGAUCUCAAUAUUGAUUGUU